AAGGAAAAUCAUUCCUAAACUCGAAAUCGUAUAAAAAGCCCUCCGUGUGGGCGCUCCCGGGACACAGCCGUUUCCUCUUCUCAGUGUUUCCAGCACUCUUUGCCACUGAAGCUGGACGGCGACCGCACCUCGCGGGUACUUCUUUUCAGCCGUUUUCGUGGAAACCAGAGUAUUUCUUCACUUGUCGAGGAAUCACAGGAAUAUUUUGACUCACUUUCAGCAAGCGGUGUGUGUGUGCACACGGCAGGGACUCGGGAGUUUCUCGUUUUCGCGGCUUUUCUCCAGCACUCUUUGCCUCGGAAGCUGGACGGAGACUGCACCUCGCGGGUCGCUCUUGCCCCUCUUCCCCCUUCUCCCGGGAGACCCCGCCGUGAGGCUGCAGACUUCCGAGUCCUGCGGGUAGCUUUGUUUGCUCCUUUUCCGCCGAAACUUUAGUUUUACGACGCGGGCUCACAAGACUAUAACAGUGGAAAUCUCCCGCACAAAGAGGCUGCGAAUCUCCAAAGAGUGUGUCUUGGCACAGUGCAAGCCUCUUGCCCCCUCGCGACUGGGUCGGGGUGACGCGACCAUCGACGGCAAGGGGUCUGGAGAGAGCGUCUGGUUUUUGGGUCACACACAAACCAGACAAGCACUUGAGAGUUCCACCCCUCGAUGCUGUGAUCACUUUCACUUUUCUCGCGGCAAACCCUGGAGCAGGAGCUCAGAAACUCCCCUCCAGCUGCUUCAGUCUUCUCCUUUCCACAGGGUCAUGGCCUGGCCGACCCCAAGCGGCCCCGCCUGCCGUCAUAUCAGCGUGGAUCUGUCUUCUUCGUCCAAGCGGAUUUUCUGGGCUGGAGGGUGGGAGCACCUUCCCCUUUUUGACUGGCGGCAAGAGGCGCCUUGCGGGGCUCCUCUUUUUCGGAAAACGGUGCCUUCUGGACGGGACGUGAGAAAGCACCUGUCCCUCUGCGCCGCCGCUCUCGGAGAACGCCACGAAUGCCCCGGAACUGGAAAAGGAAGAGCUGACACUUUGCGUCCUUGGAAAACGUCGCCGCCCGGUGGGGCUGAAAGUGGAAGAGCUUCUUGCCUCCCAAAGCUCUUCAGAAUUCUGUCUUCACUCUCAAAGCAGACUGUGCUCCCCGCGCCUUCAAACCCUCGUGUCCAGAAACUCUAGAUCUCUCAAUGUAACGGACUGUAACACCGCGCUCGGUGUGCCACGAGCGGCAGCAGCUCGGUUCGUUCUUUUUCAUUUGAGAUCUGAAAAAAGCGUCGAAUCGACACAGUCAUGUCCCAAUUGGCGAAGCCUUCUUCUCCUGCCGGUCUAAACAGCCUUCUCCUCCGGCUCAGCCGCAGGCGUGAGGUGUCGCGACGUCCGGCUUUUCUGAGGUACCUCCCAAACGAGGCGAUUUCGUCCCGACGCGCAAAUACGGAGGGCGUCGUUCGCGGAUUUCUGAAAGAGUGCGGAACGCCUCUACGCGUGGACUGGACUCCGGUAAAUGUGAACCGAGUCUUUUGUCAUGUGACAAGUGGCGCGUUGAAGACGAAUUUGCAUGCACCCACUUCAACAUGCCGUUUGCUUGAACGCUGAACGACGAAGCCGACCGCCACAGAUCGACUCUGUUGAGGAGGCGUCUUCGCUGACUCCGCGGACGUCGUCGAGGAGCGCCGGACAGAAAUGGAGACAGAACGACGCAAGUUCCGGACGCAGACAGCAGAGUGCAAGUGGAGACAGUCUCUGGCCAAAACGUGUUUCCAUGUCGAGAAGAACCGUUCAGUCGACACACACCAGGCUCUCUCACGCAGUCUGGGGACCUCCCGCCGGGAGGGAGCUUUCGUAUUUGACGAGGGUUCGUAAGUUGAGAGGGCAGGGAGCGACUGGAAAGUCCCGGGGUCUUUUUGACCCUUGAAAGUCACGUAAAGUCUCAAACUGCUCUUAAGAGUGUGGCAUAUGCGGAGCUCUUGCAGCGCCCUUUCUCGCCACGCAAACGCCGUUCUCCUCAACCAUCUGCGGACGUUGAUGGAGAGACUUUGUUUCCUCUGAAUCUUCUUCCUCUGCCUGCUCAAAGACAUGUCGACUUCUCCGCUACUCCGCUGUAUGUACAUCUGGUUGCUGGAACCAUGUGCAUGCAGGUAGAAGUUAUGUAAAACCAAUUUGUCUCUUGCGCGCCUUGGGGGCUGGGACCCUUCAUUCGAGUUCCUGAGCUUUCGCCUUUUUGGAUCUUUUUCUUCGCGUCGUACCCCCACCAAAUCUCUCGCAACUGCCCCGUCUUCUCUACACGAUGUCGAACGACGCGAGCUCCUGCGUCGAGCUUCCUUCUCAACCCGUGGAAGACAAGGAUAUUUUGCUUGCCGCUCCCGGGGAAGCGCCUCUGCUCUUCGCACCUCGGCCCCGGUCUACCAUGUGUCUCUCUUCGCUCGCGGACUUUGCCUCUACCUGUGCGUCGAUGCUCGACGGCCCACACCAGGUUCCUGGCUCCGCGCAAGUGUCUCCCGGGUCGCCUCGAGAGAACGCGAAGGCCUUCCCCUUCUUCCAAAGCAAACAAAUCCGCCUUCUCUCUCCGCCUGCGCAGAGCCGCUGUCGCUGCGUGCUGUCGCCGACUCUCGCCGAAGCGGGCCUGGAGCCCAACGCGCUGCUCCCGCCGCCGCAUCCGGCGCCCGACAUGGUCGAGGCCUUCGCGAUUGGAGCCCCGAGACACCGGGUGAGAGGCAGGGAAACACUGUUCUCCCUCGAGGGAUCGCCUUCGGGCGCCGCGAGCUCGACACGCCUGCUGUCACCUGGGGCGCCAGAGACACCUCAAGAGGCGAAGCCUUGCUGCGCUGGAGAGAUGCUCAAAGUCGGUGGGCCUGUCGCGCCUCUGGGAUUUGAAACGGACCUGGGGCUCGGCGACGGCCAAGAAGAAGGCGGGGCGCGGGCGGCGUGGAUGCGGAGCGACGACGGGAGGGCCCCGCUUCGCGAAGACUUCGAAAGAAGCGACACGACGCAGAAAGUUUUUUUCCAGAAGCGCGAGUCUGUGCUUUUGCUUGAGGUCGGAGACCCAAGGGCCUCGUCUUGGCCCCGGAUUUUGUACUCGUCAGAUGAGUUUCCAGAGGCACAUUCUACGAACUCGCGCGACUUUUACAGGGAGAUAGGCAACGAAAACGCCUUCUCGUCGCCAAAGAGGACUGCAUUUUCAUCGCUCUCACGAACUCCAGCGGGGAUGGAAGAGACGCUCGUCUCUUCUAGUGCAAACUGGGAGUCCCCAGGUUUUUUCGGCCAACCGGGCAUCCCUCCCCAUGCCACUCCGACACUUUUGACGGAAAUAUGCGUCGAGAAAAAGGGGCCGCCUGCUCUCCGGGCCCCGCUCUUCAGUGUAUAUACACUGUCUGAGAGCCUCAGGGGACAGGCCCAGGGCCAGGAAGCAAACGUUGGUGUGCCUGGCUACUUUCCUUCGAGAGAAGAUACAGAUGGUUCGCCUGCGACGGAAAAUAAAUCUUUUGGUGUCGAGUUUUCUGAGUCUUUGAAAGUAAGAAAGGAAGACUGCGAAGCCGGGCCUGGAGGUCACCUCGAGAACGCCUCCCUGCCCCUGCCUCCCUCGCCAACACGCGGGGGGAGAGAUCGGCUUAUAAUUGAAGAAACCCGUCGAGGGCGUCCACACGGAGUCCUGCGUCAAGCGAAAUCCUUUCCGGCGAGCAAUGCCCCGUGUGAGACUCCUGCCGGCCCCAAGGACCAGGCCGGGAUGGCUCGACCCUCAGGGACAGACGGCGAGAUCCCUCUCGACCCGCGUUCUUUUUCUUGGAUUUCUCCGCAUACUUCGAGUCUCCUUACUUCCAUCCCCGAUGCAUCCUGGGCGCAGGCUACCUCGUCUGUGCGGGAAGAGGGCGGGACACCGGAUUUGAACUUCCUCUCGAGACAACGGCUCUCGCGAGACUCGGUCUCCGCGACCAGCCGCCCCUCAACCCCUUCAAACCGACGAGAUCUGCAUGCGUCGCUCCCGCUCGGCGAAGUCUCAGGGGUACAGACACCCCCGUCGGCUGGCUCCGAGGCAGGCGCUUGGGCGUGGCCAGGAGGCGCAGAGACAAGUCGAAGCACGCCCAGUCGAGCCACACCUGGUUCAGUUUUCCCGACCUCUGGAGUGUCGACUGCGGAGAAUCGACUUCCCCCGCAGCCGCCUUCGGCAGAGACACCUGUAACACCCCUCGCAGGCAAUGCGGCGUUGUUCGUUGUUUGGCCCGCGACCGCCCCAGGGCGUCAAGCGAACCUUUUGCCUACGGUGGCGCCUCCCGAGUACGCCUGGGAUGGAGGCCGCCUGUCCGGCUCGUUUCCAUGUACAGUGCAGCUUGAGGGAGGCCAGUAUGAGGUCGGAGGCCUGCCGGAGGAGCAACGCGAAAGACAGCAAGAUGUGCUGGAAGGCGAGGCCGGCGACGCAAUCGCUGUGUCUUCGGGCGGGACCGGCGGGGCGAGGGAGUCGAGGCGAAGGCCCGCGAGUCGCAGAGUGGCAAGGCAAAAAGCUCAAGCAGGUGGAGCGGAAGAAGGAGAGAGAGGCGACGUUGAAGGCGGUCGCGAGCGGAGGCGCGGGCGCCCGCGAAAGGCGUCUCAGAGUGGUUCAGUGCUUGCAAAAACUCGAACUUCCACUCCCGAGAACCAGUGUGUCCAGACCGAAGACAGCGAAGACCUGAGGCACAGCAAGCCACUCGCGAGGGGCGCUGCCGCGGCGUCGGCCCUCUCGAGCGCAGGCGAAAGAAAUCCUGGGCAGCCGCGUCUCUCUCACCUGUCUGCUGGCGGUAAAAGCGAGACCCGUCCACAGAAGCCUGUGGAGGAACUGCUGCGCCCGAGUUCGCCUGCCGACGGGGCCAAGUUCGGCCUCGACGUGCGGCAGCCCGCCUCGGAGGCUUUGCGGAGUACGUACACCUGGAGGGCGGGCGGCGAGCUAGCCACGGCGCGUGUCGGGGGAGUCUCGCCUGUCGGGAAAAACGACGCAGACCAAACGGGGCGCGAGUUCUGUCCACUGUCUGCAACACAGAGUCGCGAUGGCUUUCCAUUCGACUGCGUCUUUCGGGGUCACGAAAGCGGCGAAGUCUCAGAUUCUCCACGAGUCAGGGAAGAGGCAAAAGUCGUUGCAGAGAACGAGGGCGAGGGCGACGUAGAGCGACCAGCUUCUUCCAGAGUCUCGUGGACACACUCCGACUCGGCGUCUGUCUCCUCGGAGAAAUCCAAGACGAGCUUUGAUGAAUGUGACCAGGCUCCUUCCGCCUCGGGGCGGACGGUCGGGGAUGAAGGCGCGGCGGGAGUGAGAAGUCGGUCGGGACAAGGGGGAGAGGAAGAGAGCGCAGCAAGGGAGAGAGGAUCAGAAAUGAAAAGCGACGACACUCGACAUACGCGCAUGCCGACGCCCUGCGACGAACGCAGAAAUGCACACCCAGUCAGGGGAGACUCGACGGAAUGGAGAGCGACAACAGCGGAGACAGAGACACCAUCCAGUUUCUGGAAAGCCCCUGUAUGCGCGGCAAAGCAAGCCUCUCGCGAGCCGAGCUCUGGAGACGCCAAACCCGCGAACCACGCAAGUGCUGAAGUUCAGGGCACGCACGCGUUGGCGCUUCUCUCAGAUCCAGGAACAGCUUGGGGAAGACAGGUGCCCGGGGAGCCUGACGGAAGACGAGAGGCAGACGCAUGCACUGCGAAAAUGGCAAGUUCACUUGUUAGAAGCGACGAAGACUUCCGCGCGUCGCCGUCAAGGUCGGCGGGCUGUCCUGGAGAAACCAGUUUUCUCGAAGACACUGUAGAGACACCCGGCGCGGCUCCAACUGUCCAGAGGGUUCCUCUUUCCCCCUCGUUUUCUUCCGGAGCGACGGGCCUUCCCUCGGGGGAGGCUGGGCUCCAUCUCGGGUCUUCCGUUCUCUGUGUGCCUACUGCAAAUUCUUCUGUGAGGACUCUGGAAGGAUCCGAAAAGCAGAGCGAGAGUCGGCCGAGCUUCGAAAGUGAAAGUGGCGGAAAGACCCAUCCUGACGAAAGUAUCGUCUUGCCCUCGUCUGCACUCCACUGCAGGCCCUCGCAGCCACCUGCCGCGCUCUGUACUUCUCUUCCUCGCGGCUCAUUGUCCUCUUCUCACGACACGCUUCCCUCUGUUUCUUCUCUUUCUUCUCCCGCGCCUUCGUCUCUCUCUCCCUGUUUUUCUGCAUCUCUACCGCAGUUUGUGCAGCAGAGCAGUCCCGUGGAGAAGGGCAGCCCGAGUGUGUCUUUCAGUGUUCCCUGGAGUUCUCCAGCUUGCGCACCUUGGUCCGCGUCGUCGAGCGAGGCUCUGCAAGCUGUUUUGGCUCGCGCAGAGAGAACUGGAGAAGAAAGGGUCGCGCAAGAGGCCGCGGUCUCCGCUGGCCGCGCGGCGGAGGAGCCGUUUGGCUCUCCAGGCGUCGCUCUCGACUCGCGCGAAGAAAUCGAGAAAGAAAGCUCUCCCGGCACUGUUUCUCAGCUCCCGAGAAAGCGGAGCAUGUGCCACCAGCAAGAGGCGCACAGUACGCGCGUUGUUCGCCGUCGAAGCGGCAAAGGAGAACGAAGGGAAGAAGAGUUGCUGCAUAUGGAUUCCGCUGCGACUCCCGUGUCUCUGGAGUUGGAAAGGACCCACAAAAUGAGCGUGUGCAAGUCACCGACGGACGACCGAGAAACUGCAUGGGACGGACGCGCAUUUUCCGCCGGGAUCGGGGCGACGCAGCCGAUGCAUGCAGUUCCGGCGCUCAGGGCGAAUUCACUCCGGGCAGCUGAAGCGUCGAGACAGCCUGGAGACCUUCGCCCCGCGGGCGAAGCUGCUGCGCCGCGCGAAGGGACUGCAAAUGGGAGCGCAGGAAGCAGACACCAGGGGAGACGCUGGGGACCGGCGCGUGGAGAGAGUCCUCAAUUUUUUCCAGGUCUGUCGGACGCGACAGGCCAAGAAAGUUUCAAAGAGAAUUGUGCGCGAAACCGAGGAGUUGGGCACACAGACGACGGAGACGGUCUCGCUCUCGCCACCCUUCUAUCUCUCCCGAAUACCGGGGACGAAACAAGCGAGUCUGUCGAUCCCUCGCUGGCAGCUGCAUGCGACCCGAAAGGGAAGGCGCCAGGAGCAGAGACCGGCGGGAAACGGAGAAGAUACCCUCUGACAAACACAGCUCUGGAGAGCGCACCUCGACGAGAAGAAGAAGCGACAGGGCGUUGUGCCCUUGGAGCGCGCUGCGAGGGAGAAGCCAGCUCUCAAGAGAUGCCUUCGACAGCCCUCCCCGCCGCUUGGUCUGAAGGCCGACUUUCCGGGGUCUCCGUUGCUCUGCCCGGUGUGCAGGCACGCGCUCGCGAACUGGAGACAACGUUCCUCUCUCAGAAUGCGCAGGAUGGACAAGCGGAGCUUUCUGACCACCGAGCUGAGACGCAGACAGGGGCUACUACAGCAGCUCCUGGGGGUUGUGCGGAAAGCGAACUGGACAGCAAACACUGUGACACCAAAAUGCAUGCAGCGGCUUUGGCGGCCCCAAGCACCGCCGACAGCACCCCCGUGGGACACGAGCCUGAGUUGGGGGCGGAGAAGAAGGCCAGGAUAUUGGAGGAGGCGACUCGGGGUGUAUUUACACCCGAGCCCGGAGUGGACGGAGGGAUCGGGUCCCCGUCUCGAGUGCCGCCCCCGAUUUUCUUGCAAACACCCUGCAGUGUCGCCGCGAACGCAGAGGAGAAGACACAUGCUGAACUGAGGCCUCCGACUCUCCCGCCUUCGAUGCCGACCGCCUGGCCUGUAUGCCCAGGGGCUCCUGGACGCCGCGAAACCCCGGCGGGCGGCGCGGGGACGCAUGCGCCGCCUUUGGAGCCCAACGAGGGGCCGCAACCUGCAGGAGGCGUAUGCGGUGGAGAGGCGCUCGUCUGCGCUCCGUCUGGAGACGAAAGAGUCCCUGACGAGGGCGGAACCGAAGCGGGGGUCCUCGCCCAGACCGUGCCGUUUUUCGCCGAGACACAGACGCAAACUGCAUGCAGCUGGGUCCACCGUAACGAAGCGAAGCAUGCGCCCGAGUUGCCCUCACUCGAGUCCAUGGAGACCACUGUGGGGUCGAGUGCGGAGGAGGCCCGAAAGGCGGGCAGCCUACCGACAGCCGUCUUUCCAACUGCAUCCGGCCUGCACCCCGCAUCGCAAGAAGCGGACUCGACGCCAGGCCACGAAGCUACUCCGACCAACGCUGUCUCGGAGGGUCUUGCGGUCGCGAGUCCGUUCGCCGUCGCUCUGGAGACUGGGGCAGCGUGGAGACCGUGGUCUUGGAACGGCGACAGAUUCGGCCCCUGGGGCGCGGACCCAGCCAUGCUCCGCCGUAUGCGCACACAGGAACUGCUUCAGGACGCGGCGCCCGCGAGCCCUGAGCGCGGAAGUCCAGCUAGCUGUGGCCCUGCUGUUGGCGGGGAGACUUGGGGCCUAGGCGCAGCGGUGGGGCCCUCUGCGGGCUCUGGGUCUUCCCACGGCGGGGCUGGGCCGUGUGUGAAGCAGGGGAUCCCGGUGCAUGCAGUGCCUUCUGCGAGACCUAGCUGCCUCUCACUCGACCCCCCGCGGGCGAGUGGAAGCCUUGCAGAGGGAUUGCCUGCGGUGCUCUCGGCUUCGUCACCUGCGUGGCCCCGCAACGCACAGGCCUUGUUUCCUUGCUUGCCUGGAUUCGUCGAGAGCGGGCCCCAAGCGUCACCCCUCGCAGGCCUCGCGGCGGGGCCGAGCGGCGCGAGUCCGCCGGUCUUCGACCCCGGGCUGUCACCUUUUGGAGCCCACGAGCUGCAGCCGCGAGCUGGCCUUCGGGAGGGAGACUAUGCGCCCUCUGUGGAGCCGAGGAGUCCGGGGACCGGGUACCCUUCUGUCUCGGGGCCUGGCGCCCCAGCCGAGGCGCCACAACCGCCGUUCGCCUUCGCGACUGUGGGAACUGUCCCCCGAGGGCCUGGGCGAGAUAGUGGGACGCUCGAGCUGGACGAGCCCGGAAAAAGGACGCUCCCCAUCCAGGGCGACGCGGGCCUCAGGGGGCCCACGGAGGAACGCGAAAGCAUGCUGGACUUGUCCGACGCGCGCUGGAGAGACUUGAGGCGACAGGGCUACUUCCGGCUUGGAGACAAAGGCCGAACUUCGAUUAAGUCGCGCAUCGCCAGGGAGCUCCGGGCGAAUCCAGAGCUGCGGGCCCAAGCAGCUGCAGUCUCGGGAGUGCGUUCUGCGACGACAAAGCAACUCUACCAACUUGCAGAGCUCUGCGGGUUUUACGACGUCCUCCCGCCGCAGUUUCAACCAGCCGCGCGCGCGGCGGAUUCGCUGCAUGCGCCGGUCGCCUCCGAAACGCCGGACCAGCAGGCCCCAGGGGGAGUCUCGGCCCGUGGUCAUGCCCGGGUUGUCCGUACACCGCAGCAGGAGCGGCUACCUGCGCUGGAGGGGUCACCACUGCACGCGCGGUCGGAAGGGCAGAGCUCGUCCGCUUUUGCCGACGAACUCAUUUCCGGGAGAAGCGAGGAAUGCACGACAUGGCCGGCGUUCACAGGGGCUUCAGAUCACACCGGAAGAGCGAAAGUGGCGGGCGACAGUGCCCAGGAGCACCGCUACGUCCCGGGAUCUCUCGCGCAGACGCAGAGUCUCCCUCUGAAAGCGAGCAGUCACGGAUUCGAGUUCCCUGCUUGCUACUCUUCUGGCGACAUGGCCUUUGUGCAGGAAGCGCGAGAGAGCCCCCCGGCGCCUCAGCCCACAGAAGACUGCGGCCCCGGCCUCGCACGCGACUCGCCGCUUGGCGAGAGACUUUACACUGGGCAGGAGCCUCCAUUCAGUUUUUGCAUGCAGCGCGGCCUUGCAGAGCCGAGCGGUAGUCCCUCAGAGUUCCGGUUCGGUGUUUCGGCCUUCCAGGCGUUUCAGACGAACGCGAGGCUCGUCGCGGGCGCCUCAGGUGUCUCGCCAGCUCUGGGCCUUCCGUCUCCGCAGAACGGAGGCACAUCGCGGUGUCUGGACUCCCCCCCAGGGUCGGGCGCCGGAACGCAGUGUCUGUCGCCUUCCUCCGACACGAGUCUCUGCAGCACGACGCACUCCAGCUGUCUGAGUCGCAGCGCAGGGCUGAAGCUCUUCGAUGUGCGAGGAGGAACGAGGGUUGAGGAAGGAAAACUUGUCGCGUCCGCAGCACCGGGACUGCCUGUCUUCGGCGAAGCAGUGCGUCACGUCGGCCAGUGAGAGAAGUCAAGUGGACAUGAAGGGAGCAGGAGGGGAGAGACCACGCGAUUCCCCUCGCACUGAAGCGAGCGCCAACACACUGCGGUGAAGGCUAUGAUUCAACAACUUGUGGAGGGAGGAUGUGGCUGCUGCGACAGAACCUGUUCGUUGCUGCCCUGUAGUGACACCCGAACUCGUUGGCGAGACCUCCCAGUCAAAGUCUGUGUGCAUUCGAUUGUGUCUCGGGAGGCGCCGGAGUUCGCGCGGUGAACGCCAAGUGAAGUUGCUGAGGCGACUUGCGACAGGGAAAUGGCCACGUAGUUUGCGUGGCUUGUGAGUCUCUUCCGUUUCUGCGUCUCGGCUAAAGGGAUGCGUAGAGAGUGGUGGAAAUCUGAACUUCCAAGAGCGCGACUUGUUUUCUGUUGGUUUCCCAGCUCACAGAAGCUGCUUUGCUGUGUUUUGUGAGACAUGCUGCGUGGGGCGUUCUUGUGAGCGAGAUAGGGAUGUGGAGAGCCACGUAUGUUGCUCCAGUUGAUCGAGCCGGGAAAACUUCGUGUGUACAUACAGGACGCGGGACUCGAGGUUUCCCUCGUUUCUCUCUCAUUUUGACGAGUUGCCGGCUGUGUGUUUUGUACAAACGCGUGGUGGUGUAGAUAUUAACCUGCGUUUCUCGUCGUGUCUCCGGUUUGUGGGGCGCAGACAGAGAAAAGCGGCUGCAUGCUGGCAUUUCGCGGGCGUCUGGCGUUGCCUGGAAGUGCGCCCUCGACUUCGAGCUAAGUCGUUUCCAGAAGGAAUCUGAGCAGGCAGAGCCGACUGGAUAAGAAGUCGGCUGUCGCCUCCGAACGCGGCGAGAGCACACGGUCCCCAAGGGCCGGCCCAAGUCGGUUUCUGCCGAAAAAGAGUUGAAUCGGAUUUCGAGUCGGAACAGACGACAGUUUCACGGCAGUCUUUCCACGGCGGGCGCUGUCGCGUUCGCUGUCCGCAUGUUCAAAUUGGCGUCGGGAGAUUGGGCAAACGGAGAAACCCCUCUCAGAUCCACCGGGUGCCCUUGUCGCUUUCAUCCGACCGGAAUCGCGCCCCCACACGGACAGCCUGCCAGCUGGACUCGCGCGGAGGAGCGCACCUGAAUGCGUCCAGAAAAAGGGCAUCUGCGUGGAGAGCCCCUCGGCACUUCAGAGUUUCAUCCUUUACGCAUGAGAGAGAGGCAAGAACGCGAAAGCUGACAGAACGGAGACAUUGCGCCAGCGAUGUUCUCCACAUGCUCCGUGCUGGCUCUACACACAUGCCGGUCGGGGAAGCUUUCAGCCGGUGUCUAUUAGUUUUUUAACCGUCUGUUCUGGAAGAGUGCCCGGAUUUUUCUGCGCUGUCAGUGGUGUCUGGAACGCCGUGAAAUGCCCAGCGCCGACUCCUGUUUGUUGGUGCACAACCACGCAACACUCUGUUUCCGCGACAGACAACGUUGCUCAGUUCAAGUUGUCUUCGGAAAAAAACGAAGAAACACCACAGUUCUGUACGCAUGCCAGAGCGGUUGAACCCCGGCAGCUGUGCGCGGUUAGCCCUGCCCACCUGAUAGUCCACGGAGGCCUGAGACUGUCUCUGCGGUGAUGCCCGCGAGUCCACUGGUACACUAUAUACCAGGGAAUUCCGCUGAUUUUCACGG